GGCCUAACUUGUGUCAGAACAGCGUGUGUAGAGUUAACUACAUCAAAGCGGUCGACCAAAAAGCGGUAUAAAAACCUUGAAACGGCCAUGGAGAUUCCAGAGCACUUCGCAGAAUUGUCUAUACGGAUGUCUGAAGCACUUGAUGAAAGUGGAGCUGGGAAGGAAACUGUAUUGGAGCGGAGAAGGACUUUCUUGUGGAGGGAGCAAAUGGAGAAAAUAGCAAUGAAGCUACAGGGACGAAAUGUUGAAUGUUUUCAUUUCGGGAGCCAAUCGGAAGGGACCACCAUUCCAGGUCUCCAGUCUGAUAUCGAUUUACUAAUUAGUUUCAACAAUGAGAAUAUCAUUACCGAAUGGGAAGACUGGAAGGCUGGAAUAAAGAAUUAUCUGAUGCUCCGCGACGACACCACUCCACCUCAACAGUACUUGUUACAAGCCUUCAAAGACUACAUACCGGAACCGGAGACAAGUCUGGUCAAUGACACGCUCGUAAGGAAAGAUUCUGGGCAAGUACUGUUCAGCGCUGAAAGACAUAAACAGUUCAUCGCGUAUUUUGACAGGGCUCAAGGAGAGGCAAUAUACAAUGGACCUUCUGUGAGUUUUGUACAUAACUGGGAUAUUGUUAACGCAUCUUAUGUACGCAAAUCCCUUCCUGAAACAGAGCUCUGGAUAGACAGAUGUAGAGGUAGACACUGGCCACCUGUUCAGCUUAUUGAGGCAGCACGGGUAGCUUCGUGUUUUCUGGUACCAGCCGGUCAUCCAGACAGUGAUUACAAACACGAAGAAUGGAGACUGUCUCCGAACCUGAUAGAAAGAAUGUUAAUAUUUUCCUUCAAUAUCACACAAAUAAAAUGUUACAUUGUUUUAAAACUCAUAAAAAAUCUUUAUUUUCUAAUAUUGUGGGAGAUUUUAUAACAAGCUUUCAUUGUAAAACUAUAAUGUUUUACACCAUAGAGAGAACACAUCCUCUCUGUGGCGCGAAUACAACCUUAUGUUUCUACUUUUGCUUUGUUUACACGUAUUGAGGCGAUGGCUGCGAUCGGGAAGGCUUCCGCAUUAUAUCAUAGAAGGAGUGAAUUUGUUCGAUGGGAAACUCUCAAAGUUGCUGCAGAAACGCCUUUUAGUAUAUAUAGACUCCUUAAUAAGGAACAACUUACAAGAUGUUUUUUUACAUUGGUAUAGAUAAUAUAGGAUGUCGGUUACAAGCGUGUAGUAUGCGGCACACUGUACAGGCUGGAGAACUUAGAGGUGUAUGCUCACAUAACAGCAUCGCAUUACUGCUGAAGUUUGAGUGCAUGGGUAGUGUGUUACAAGGAUUUAAGGUGUAUAAACCUCUUCUAAGCAGUUCUCAAAUAGCAUUCGAGUAAGAUUUAAAAUAUGUAGUACGCAAUGUUUUUGAAAACUCAACGAAUUUCAUAAUGCAAUCUGCUGCGUUAGAAUGGAUUAAACACCUGUACGCGCUACAAUUUUCAUCUUACUAUUUGCGACUGCGAAACAUUCGUGACGGCGAAAAUAUAAGGCGUGUCCAAUAUAUCUUAAAUUCGGAUGUAGCUUCUAGUCGCUUAAAGUUUGCCUCUAUGUUGUACUGUGAUGGUUAUCUUGAAGCGGCAGUUCGAGUGUUGGAGGAUGUGGAGAUGAAGUAUCACAGCAAAGUCAAGGCUGUGUGUGGAUCUAGAGGAUUACAGGGAGACAGUGAUCUGAAGGUGUUUGCCGAUAUGUUAUCCGGAACCACUGAGAACGAAUUUAGUGAAGUGCCAUUCGCAUCCUGUGUCCGAUUUUUACGGCAAGAAGCGCAUUGCACUCCUUUCAUAUUAUUGUUUGAAAUGAAUCGCAAUAUCACUCAAGCGGAAGUGGUACGGAGAAAGUUCUUUGAAAAACGUUGGAUGGACAGUGCUGAGGUGGAUUCCCGCCCGUUUUUAUACUAUCUGCAGUAUCUCACAUAUGGUGGAAUCCGUGAUCGUGACAAUCAGAUACAUGCAAUGCGAGCAUUGACGUCUUAUAUAUUUGAUAUUAUAGGCAAUUGUAGGAUCAAAUUGUAUCACCCCGAGACAGCACUGAACUUGCUAGGACACUGCUAUGAAAUGGAAGAAGACUACGAACGGUCGUUAUUUUGCUACGAGGGAUCAUUGAAAAUUUUCGAUACAAACAAUGCUGCUAAUUGGCACGUUCGUCGUAUUCUGCGUCUUAUAAGUGGUUAAAAUACGUGCGUGAAACAUGAUGCUUGCCACGGUAUAAUGUUAUAAAUGGACUUUUCGUGCAUCGCACAAUAAACGCUCCAUGAUCGCGAUGUUUUAAAUGUACGGUAAUUGUAUAAGAUAUUUAAAAAAGCGAUUCAUAUGUUCACUUGUAUAUGUCAAAAUAUGUCAGAGCGUCAACAUAUUUAGAGCGUUAUUAUUUUCUACUUGCGUUUUAUAAAGUUGCACAUGAAGCAUUAUCUAUGUUUAGCAUGUUUUAUGUUGUUUGGUAUGCUGAUUGAUGUAUGUAUUCAUCAAUAUGUGUCCUGAUUAUAUUAUUUGAACGUAACUGUGAAUGAAUAUGUUGAAUGUUCUUUUCAAUCAGAGGUUACAUGCAACAACUACAGUAAUACAUAUAACUCUAGCAUGUAUAUCUCUGUUGAUUUCUCAGGUCUUCGAUAAUAUAAAGUGUUGCUAUAUUUAUAUGUUAUAUAAUAUAUGUGUGUUAUUUCCUUCAAUAGUUAACGUGUAUAAUUAUUAACAUAGUUGUUAAGUAAUGCAAUAAUUAUUAAGUUUAAUGUGUUCCGUUUUUAGCUCACCUUAGCAAGAAGGGUUCUUUGUGAGCUACCAUGGUAAGAAUAUGUCCGGCGUCGUGCGUCAUGUGUCGUCAAAUUUAAGCUGUUUAUAGUCUAAAGGCCACACGUGUCAUAUAAUCUUAAUGAAUCUUCGAAUCCCAGAAUACUC